AUGUGCAAGAACGUGAAGCUGCACGCUGACUCUUGCUCGAGGCCUGGUGCUAGCGCUUCUUCGUCUGCCGUGGUGACGCCCGCUUACUCGAGCAUCCCGGUCUCCCCUGUGCCUGCUUCAUCUGUCCCGGCUGCUCAAUCUACUCCUGCCGCCUCGCCUUCGGGAUACACCGGGUCCGGCUCCGGAUCUUCUCUUCCAGCUACUGAGACUACUCCCGCCGCUGCGUCUUCGCAAUACCCUAGCUCCGGCACCUCUGUUUCAGCCCCGGCCGGCUCGGGUAGCCCCCCUCCGGCUGGUUCACCAUAUACCGUGGUGACUACGGUCACUGUUACCGACUGCAGCUGCUCGGCUACCCCUGGUGCUCCUGUCCCUGGUGCUCCUGUCCCCGGUGCUCCUGCCCCCGGUGCCCCUGUCCCUACUGCCCCUGCCCCCGGUGCCCCUGCCCCCGGUGCUCCUGUCCCUGGUGCUCCUGCCCCUGGUGCCCCUGCCCCCGGUGCUCCUGUCCCUGGUGCUCCUGCCCCCGGUGCUACUGUCCCUACUGCCCCUGGUGCCCCUGCCCCCGGUGCUCCUGUCCCUACUGCCCCUGGUGGUGAGUCGUCUGUUCCUGGCUCGCAGCCUUCUGGUCCUGAAAGCAGCUCCUUGGUCCCGGCACCCACCCUCGUUGUUUCGUCUCAGUCUGUUAGCACUGCUAGCAUCCCUGUUUCCUCGGGCAGCACCUACUCUUCGGUACCAGCCAGCGGCUUCCAGUCGUCUAUCUUCUCCACUAUCCCUGCUAGCUCGCGCUCGGUAGCCCCUUCUGCCACCGUGCCUGCUAGCUCGCGCUCGGUAGCCCCUUCUGCCACCGUGCCUGCCAGCUCGCCCUCCGUUGACCCUUCUGCCACCGUGCCUGCUAGCUCGCGCUCGGUAGCCCCUUCUGCCACCGUGCCUGCUAGCUCGCCCUCCGUUGAUCCUUCUGCCACCGUACCUGCCAGCUCGCCCUCCGUUGACCCUUCUGCCACCGUGCCUGCGAGCUCGCGCUCGGUAGCCCCUUCUGCCACCGUGCCUGCGAGCUCGCGCUCGGUAGCCCCUUCUGCCACCGUGCCUGCGAGCUCGCGCUCGGUAGCCCCUUCUGCCACCGUGCCUGCUAGCUCGCCCUCCGUUGACCCUUCUGCCACCGUGCCUGCCAGCUCGCCCUCCGUUGACCCUUCUGCCACCGUGCCUGCCAGCUCGCCCUCGGUAGCCCCUUCUGCCACCGUGCCUGCCAGCUCGCCUUCCGUUGACCCUUCUGCCACCCCGACUUGCAGUAUAAGCCGAUACUAG